GGAAAAACUAUUAGGAAGUAUCGCCUAUAGUCCGACUUUGUGUACAGGAUUACAAUACGACCUCGUGAACAGGACUACAUUAUCACAUUGAUGCUUUACUCUGUGAACAGACUCUGUCGACCAUUUACGUGUUGAACAACUUCUCGUUAUCGUACGGGACGGAUGAUGAACGAUGGAUUCCAACACGACAUGAGUGAUGUUGUGACCUUGAUAUUACCAGGUAGUUAAUGUCACGUGGAGUAAAUGACCUUUGGAAGAACUCUUUUGUACGAAGGCGGAGUUAAUAGAGUAGUUAUGUAGGUAUAUCAUAGAUCUGCUACCGACCGAAACAAACAUCACACAAAAAGUACAAACCUGCAAAACUCAUUGGAAAUUACUUAGCCCUUGAAAUGUGUGAACACAUUUGUAAAGUGCGGUAUCAAGAUUCUGACAAGAUAACAAGUGCACGUGAAUUUGGAGAUAUCUGAUUGGAGGAAACUAAGUUUUUUUCAUUCCCGUUGUGAAUGUUAUCAUCCUCAAUACCUCCUGGUGAUAAGGGGGUACCUUCUGUCGGUUAUACCAACACGUGGAUCAGUGGGAAGGCUCUGUUUCCCAACAUCUAUAUCUUUUAUGCGAUUCCAAUAUUAAAUGGAAGACACGGUGACGUCAUGGCGUUUAAAAUUGGAUAGACCAGUAUCGACGGCGAUAAAAGUGAUGUCCUGUGAGUUCGUAAGCCAAUGCGAGUUGUUGGUAUCCUACUGGGACAGUUAUUAACAUGAAACCUGAAAGUUUUUUCCUUCCGAGACAAGAUAAGUUUGGGAUAUACACCAGUUGUGUCAUAAAUCUCCCCUCGCUGUCUUCGCCCACCGCGGAGAAAAUAUUACCCAGGGUGCCAACAUACAAGGCAGACGCCCGAUUGAUCUUCUCUCAUAUACGAUGUAUAUAUCCCCUUGAUGGGAGUAGUAUGUUAAUUUAGGACUAGCCAUCAAGAUUACUACUGGUAUAUAUCACCAUUAAAACAGGAUGGCUACCGGUGAUAAAUUAAUGCGUGAGAUCAGUGACCAGUUCCUUCACUGUAAAAUUUGUUUUGAGCCAUUUAAGAACCCUAAAACGUUAAUAUGUUUACACACGUUUUGUAUAGACUGUCUCCAGCAACACGUGGAUUCCGAGGGAUCGCGCUCUCGGUUCUCUCUUUACAACCGCUACGUCACGUGUCCAAUAUGUCGUCGAAAAACGGAAAUUCCGACGGGAGGAAUACGACGACUUCCAGACAACUUCCUCCUGUCAAAUCUGACAGAAAUCAUCGACAGGAGACGACCUUCGAAAAUCCCGCCAUGCGAAAUAUGCCAUACUGUUCGAAAACGUUCCAACGAGGCAUGUGCAAAGUGUCUCGACUGUUCGAAACUUUUGUGUAAAUCUUGUGUGACCUUGCACCGGGAGACGAAGGUAACGCAGCAACACAGUUUGAUAGACGUUGAGGGCGAGAAGGACAUUGAGUGUAAGGCCCACCCGGAGGAGAUCGUGCGCUUUUACUGUGAACCUUGUGAUACGUGUAUCUGUAUCGUCUGCACGUUUCAAGAACAUCGCGAUCACGAUAUAUGUUCUUUUAACGACGGUUAUGUCAAAUAUAAAGCUUCUAUGCAGGGUCUACUUGAUGAAUCAAAAAGUAGGAUAACGGACAUAAACGAUCGCAUAGAAGCUAUCAAUAAGUGCGAAAACGGCAUGAAGAGAACGCGCGAGAAUAUACGAGAUUUAGCGAUAAGCUAUAUCCAACAGGUUCGAUCAACAGAGAAAGAAUUGCUGAAAAGUGUCGACGAGUAUUUUGGAGAAAAUGUUACGGAUUUUCUGAAACAUCGUGAAUGGUUACAAGAAAAUGUAGACGAGCUGCAAAGUGCUUCGAACUUAACUGAGAUUAUAAUGAGAGACAGAGGAGUCGAACUGUUGCUUUUGAAACGUGAAAUGGAAAGCAAGCUUCAUUCUUUAAUGGAGCCGAACCUGCCUAUUCUACCUUCUGACGAUAUGAUAGAUAUACAUUUCAAUCCUGGCAGUGUUACAUUCGGCACCCUGUCGUUCCAGGAGGACCCCAGUAAAGAUGAAAAUGGCUUUCUUACGAACGGAGAUUUUAAAAGUGAAAGCUCACUAGAAAAAUCGCCGUCGAAACCAAAACUUGUAACAAGUGACACACAGACAGAUCCGAUAAAUGAAGAUGUCGUGCCGAUAAAAGAACGCCCCGUGAAAACACGUGAUGUUAUUACUAACGGGUACAAUGAGGACACUGAUAGGCUUUCCUCGCGAAAACGGCGGUCAACCGACCACGCUGUCUGCAACGGCGUGAAGGCGUCCGUACAGACGUGUAAUCAGGAGACCUCUACAGCUGUGACGUCAUCAGAUGUUGCUCUUAACACUCAGGCGAUACCCAUGAUUCACAAGGGUCUGCAGGUGUACAGUGAUCCGGGUACGCCGGGAUCAGGUAUAUGUGCCAAGUGUUGCGAGGACCUGUCUACAACAGCGCCAUUCGUUGGGGAGGCGCCGAAAAUACAGGACAUCAUCGUCCUGAACACCACAGAUAACGACAGUCGGGAGUCGAGAAGACGUAGGCGGCUACUAAUACGUAGCAAGCGAGUACAGACUGACCUCUCAAUGACGGGGGACAGCCUGUUGGAGGACAAAUCUAAGUCGCUUCCAAUGCUGACACAACUGCCAAAUCGGAGUCUAUCAUGUGAUGACACGUCGCUGUCAAAACCGGAAAUGCGUACCGUCGCUUUAGAUCCAAUCAACUGCGAUGAACCAGGAAGGAGACAUCGCCGUCGGAUGCGCGAUAAGACUACAAUGACAAUCGAAGAACAUAAACCCGUGGUCGAGACUUGUGACGCGACAACAUACACGUACCCUUCUAGACUCCGAAGUUUUGGGACGUGUACUCGCGUGGAGCUGAGUACAGUAGAUACUCAGACUUUUAGAGUGAAUCAGAUAUCUCGGUCAAUGGGCACGGAUUACGCGGGCCAGACUGACCAGUGUAUUGGUACUAACAUGGUUAACAUGAUAGACAGUGAGACCACCAUGCAACCAAUCAUACACGACAGUAAGGGUACGUGGACUGAGGCACUCAAUACCUCAGAACGGUCAAUGUGUACAGAUAAUUGUGAAACGACAGAAACAAGCGUGGAGACUAUGAAACCAGAAGUUUGUGAUCAGGGGUUCCAGAUAACUCCGAUUACUGUGGAUUCCAACACUAGCCCGAUACCAAUACCACAGAGGGACCAAAUAAUCCAGGUGUCAAUAGACGAACUCGAACCGCCGUCCGCAAGUCCAAAUAGGAAAUCGUGGCACGCGGGUACUAGCAUAUUUUCAAAAUUGUUCAAGAGUAAGGGCCCAAGUGCUAACAACAGUGAACAGGACAUCCCCGCGUCCGUAUCGCGUGAGGUUCAGUUACAGGACGCCAGCACGGAGACCACAUCUGUAAUUCUUUGUGACAAGGAGACGGUAACGCCGCGAAAAACCACUUCAGACAACUGGACGAUAACGCCGACUCCUGUGAUGGUAAAUACGGGUAUAUCGCCAACGCGUCCUGCAACGAUGGACACAGGCGUGGAGACCACGAAAGUGACCUCUAUGGACCAAGCUACAUAUACAGAGACCAAACAAUUCCGAGACAGUGAAACAGAAACCAUUGUGGUUGUCCAGGACAACGAGACGCUGACGGAGAGAAUCAAAAUGCAGGACGCACAGACGUCUGUACAGAUACCACAGGAGACAGACGAAACAAAUACGGACCCUGUGUUACUUAAGGACGCUUACAUGUCUACAGACGAUGACUGGUACGAGAAACUCAAGCCAGUGUCGUCUUCGGUGUGGACAGAGACGCUGCCACCGGAUGUCAUGACAAGUAGUACCAACACUGUCACCGUGAAAAACUCGGACAUAUCCACAAACAUAUCUUCUGAAGAACUGGUACCGCGCAUGGACAACUCGACCACAACAACACCAACCAACACGCAAGAGAGGGGUACGAUGGCGCUUUCAUUUGGACAAACAGCCACCCCGUUGAUUGAUGUAAACACACAGACAUCAGAAAUAUGCUUCAUCGAUAAAUCUGUCUCUACCUCGGCGGAACUCGAAACAAUAGAAAAAUAUGACGUAGAGUGUACGGACAUGGCGACGUCCACAGAAUCACUGCCCUACAUAGGCCUCAUGAGCGAGGUGGAAGGGGAUGAACUCUUCCUUAUACCAGAGUCAGCGUUCGAUAUAGCGUCUAGUGAGCCAAUGGAGGAUGAUCGAGACCAGAUAGAAAUGAUCGACGACUGCACGACGACGGACCUAGUUCCCCUGGCCGAGACAUCAUCACAGACCGUCAUAUCGUCUGCUUGGCAAUACGAGGACCCUGAUGAGGACCAGUUGUUGGAACUUCUACAAAAGGAGAAAGACGGUAAAGUGCUCUGCGAUAUCGGUAUCAACACAAUUCCCAAACUUACUUUCGAAAAGCAAACGUCCACUAUGGUGAGGCGAAGUUUUUCAAGGGGAACUAUGACAUUAGAUCUGGCCAAGAGCGAUAAAUCCACGAGUACAUUUAGUCAUACGCGUCAUAUAGCUGAGACUUGUUUUGGCCAGAGGCCGCUCGGCGAUGUCGCUCACAAAGUCUCUUCAACGUGCACAACAGAGACGGUUGACAUGGCAACCAAUACAGAUUCAUCCCUUAUGGAUGAGCGAAUGGCUGCCUGUAUUUCGAAAUUAAGGAAUGUGUCUGAAAAGCUUCAAAGUCCAACCGGCAAGGUAGCUCCUGACUACCCAUGGAAACGAUCGGACAGCACUUCUUCUUCUGAAAGAUCGUUAAUGACAGACUCUUUUAUAAAAGAUGGCGACCUUUCACCACGGCAUACGUCUUCUGAUGACGACCGUCGGAAGAACAUCCUGGAACUAGUAGCACAGACCGAAUCAAUCAGUAGGUCAAAGGAUGCUAAACACGACAGCAUGCCGGGAAGGAAAGCACAACCGAUUACAACACUUAAAGGUAAACUGGCUCCACCAAUGGAUGACCCGGAGCAAAAAUCGAAAAGUUUACCCAGGGAGUACUCAGAUGGAUCUCCGAAACUAAGUGGCCGAGUCAGUCCGAGUCGACUACCUUUGCUCCGCUUUCACUCGGCUCCCGGGAGGAUAGCAACGGUCCCAAAUAAGUCUAUGGCUAAGAUAAGUGUUCCUCCGGGGUGUAAGAUCCCAGUGUGUCAUCAGGUCGGGGCAGAGGGCGAUAGCAUUAAUGAAGCGGUCAUGGUGAAACCCAAACAACCGAAAUCUCCACUACCGGCCAUUACUGAAUCGAACACCCCUCCUUCAGACUCGGGAUCGGGGGCUUCAUUUGUGUCGGCUGCAUCUGAAAAUUCAACAGAAGGAAACAUGGACUUCGCGUCACUUCGGAUCAAUGUUCCCCCGAACCGGCUGUCUCCGUGCGCUUCCUUCCUUGCCGUACCGGAGCAGACACCAUUGGACGUGGUUACAGAGGAUAUCGACAUUACCAACCCGGAGGACCAUGACGAUAAAAAACCUUCUGGUUUUAUGCAGAAACUUUUCUCCAAAAAUUCUAAAAAGAAAAAGACUCCAUCAGAUCAGAGGCAACCGCGUCAGAAAAUCCAACAGCAGCAGCAACAACAGCCUCCACCACCUCCUCCUCGGCAUUCCUCGGGCAAAAAGUUUGUGAAACCUCCUGCUGUAGAACAACCAAAACCGAAGUCUCCAAAGCCGAGAAAGAAACAGGCUUUUGUGUACGUCCGGCAGAGGAUGUUUUCUAUACAACAAGAUAACGUUGAGGACUUAAAAGACAGCAAGAAGGAGCCGAGUGUUAAAACUGCACAGACGAGUGGUGAGAAAAAGAAAUCGGGGACCAAAUCCCAACCGAAACAGUCCAAGUCCGACAGUGACCGUCCACCGUCCCAGUACGACAAUAUGUGACAGCACUACAGAUCAAAUGUGUCCUGUUAGUGUUAGGAGGAGUGUCGGAUCCUCUCGGCUCUGAGGGAGGACAAACAUUUGUUCUCAGUCUCUAUUCCGAUACUGAAUAUCCAAAUAUAGAUACAAUAUACAUUAGAUUACUAUAUAUAGAUGAGGUCACCAUGCAGAUCCAUGUAAUCUCACGAGUUAAAACAGAUUGAUAUAGAAUGAUAAAUUACUCUGUACAAAUGUGUGUAUCAAUCGAACGCUGUCAGAUUUCCUGGUAAGAAUCAGUAUCGUGUAGAUUAAGUCGGUAUGAUAUGUGAUCCUCUACGUCGCUUCAUAAAUCAGAUCUCAAACCUAUAUCCCCCUGUCAAGACUUUUCGUGAGAUACAGAAUGUAAUAAACCUGUAGUAUACAGUACUGUAGUUUAUUUUGAUGAUAUAGCUGAUCUUUCUUAUGAAGAAUAUAUCAAAAUAUCAUCAAGUAUUAUUUAUAUUAUGAUAUUACAUUGAAAACAAGGACAUUUCUUGGCUCCGUGAAAUAGAAUGAUGAAGAAGAGAGUGUUACAGAUUGGUUAAUUAAGGUUUGCACUGCCGAACACUCUGGUGUGGUAAAAGUUAAAAGAAAUUGAUUUAGAAAACAUGGCUCUUUUAUUACAUUCUGUAUCCAUUUCGUGUCUGGACCAGACUGAGGCUGAGAAUGUGAAGCUUCGUGUCCUGUUUGUGAGACGGAAUCUGACAUGUUCGAUUUACUAUCCACUGAUAAGUAUGAUAGAAACUCGAUAUUCCUUGGCUCCCAUUCCUGCCAAUAGAAAACUGCAUUGCGUACGAGCAUGAUUUUAUUAUAACGAUCUACUACAGGUUAUAUAGGGAAAAACCUAUAAAAUCACUCCGGCAAAUCAUUUUAGUUUUCUUCAUACUUUGCACAGAUAUUCGUGGCCUGAUGUUGAUUUGUAAUGAAUAUUGAAGUUAUAGUCAAAUUUUAAAACUUUUGUGUAUUAUACAAACAGACGUUAGCGAUGUAGGGCGUAUCAGAAUGCCGGGGUUAUAUUCUGGAUAUCAUACUUCCACACAUGUAUUUAGAUGCACAAUAAUUUAUAUUAGUAUUUGUAUCCUCCCGUAGCUAUACCCAAAAAGCAAUACUACCCAAACUGUGAUAGAUUAUAGAAUAUAUCAACUGUGAUAUGGUACAUAUUUAGUGGUCACCCGUCUGUAAUAUUUAAAUAGUACACAAUGGUUGUUAGCGUAGUAACGUCCUAGAAUGGCACAUAUUAAAAUAAAAUUUCCCUCGUUGCAUUUUCCUGGUGUAGGGGAGACGACUGCGGGAUACUUCUAUCAAGAUCACCUAGGCCAUCUUCGCAUAGCAACUAAAAAUUGACUGAUUGAAAAACAUGGGUCCCAAAAAAUCAAAUUAAACAUGAUUGACAACCAUUUUGUUUACAUACGUCGACAAAGGAUGACAUGAAAUGAUCCUGGUACUGCUCUGAUAUUCAACACUAAUUCACAUAAUCACAGCAUAUCUAAAUUUGGUACUAUUUGUAUCAAUUUGUUUACUAAACUGGGCAAAAACCGAACGUGGGUUUACUUUGAACCAAAAUACAUAUAUUCAUCAAUAUUGAGGUAAUAUUUUUCAAAUGACAGUUGGGUUUUAAAAAUCGCCGUCCCUUUGAUUUAAGUAUAGAAUGUGUGAGUAUUGUAGUAAUAUGUUUACAUAGCUCAUGUCAUCAAUGCGUACAAAUCCAAAUAUUUUUAAGUUAUUGAAUGAGUCGUGUGUGUAUUUAUAACCAUUUCACCUCAUAUUACCAAUAAUUAUAGACAUGUUCCGAAAGGUACCCCGUCACGUGAGAGGUGCGACGCAUAGAAGCUUCAGAUGUUCUCGAUCCAUUUCACUGGCCGAACACUAGGGGCUGAUUCUUAUUUUGGUAUAAGAAACACCAAUCGACCGAAAUUAAUAUAUGAUAUAAAUAGAUAAACAAUAAAUAUCUUUGAAUUCUGUCACUGCUGUGCGUCGAACCAAUUCAUGCAUUUUCCGAGAUAAUUAUAUAUAUUCACAGUAUCUAUACACGUUGUUUGUAUCUUCAGGUAUAGUAAUCGAAUGACUAGUUUUUACAAAGUAUAUUUUAAUAUAUAGAAUCACACUGA